AACGUAUCACGUGAUUAAUCUCGACGCAGGUGACAAAGUUGGUUCGGUUGACCAAAAAUAUAGAAGCGUCUAGUCAUCAAGCGUCUGUACAAGAGAUCAACUAUGGGAAAAGGCGGGGGUACAUUUGAAAGGCUGCUGGACAAAGCCACCAGCCAGCUGCUGCUGGAGACAGACUGGGAAUCCAUCCUGCAGAUCUGCGACCUUAUCCGGCAAGGAGACACGCAGGCUAAAUAUGCAAUCGCUGCUGUCAAGAAGAAGCUAAAUGACAAAAAUCCACACGUGGCCCUCUACGCCCUCGAGGUUCUGGAGUCAGUGGUGAAGAACUGUGGCCAGACGGUUCAUGACGAAGUGGCGAGUAAACAGACCAUGGAGGAACUGAAGGAUCUGUUCAAGAAACAAACUGAGCCGAACGUCAGGAACAAGAUCCUGUACCUGGUCCAGGCCUGGGCCCACGCCUUCCGCAACGAGCCCAAGUACAAAGUGGUCCAAGACACAUACCAGAUCAUGAAGGUUGAAGGUCAUGUUUUCCCGGAGUUUAAAGAGAGCGAUGCCAUGUUUGCUGCAGAGAGGGCCCCUGAUUGGGUGGACGCCGAGGAGUGCCACAGGUGCAGAGUUCAGUUCGGCGUGAUGACCCGAAAGCACCACUGCAGGGCAUGUGGCCAAAUCUUCUGUGGCAAGUGCUCCUCCAAAUACUCCACUAUCCCCAAGUUCGGCAUUGAGAAAGAGGUGCGAGUGUGUGAGCCUUGCUACGAGCACCUCAACAACCACCCCUCCCUGUCUCCCCCUUCUAGGAAAGCCGAAGGGAAGAGCAGCAGCAGUAGCAGCAGCAGCGGGCAGUCCGAGCUGCCGCCCGAGUACCUGACCAGCCCUCUGGCUCAGCAGUCUCAGAUGCCCCCGAAGAGAGACGAGGCAGCACUGCAAGAGGAAGAGGAGCUGCAGCUGGCCAUUGCUCUGUCUCAGAGUGAAGCUGAGGAGAAGGAGAGAAUGAGGCAGAAGUGCUCGUACCCCGUGUACCCAAAAGCUGAUCCGACUCCAGUAACCUCCUCCGCUCCACCGGUCAGCACUCUGUACUCCUCUCCUGUGAACUCCUCUGCCCCUUCAGCUGAAGAUGUCGACCCUGAGCUGGCCCGUUAUCUGAAUAGGACUUACUGGGAGAAAAAGCAAGAGGAAGUGCGCAAGAGUCCCACCCCCUCUGCUCCUGCUCCGGUGCCAUUGGCUGAACCGAUGCCAAUCAGCCAACCAGUGGAAAGCCACGCCCCCGUUCAGCCCAUCAACAUCGUGGAGCAGCAGUACCAGAACGGAGAAUCCGAGGAGAACCACGAGCAGUUCCUCAAAGCUCUACAGAACGCCGUCACCACUUUCCUGAACCGCAUGAAGAGCAACCACAUGCGAGGGCGCAGCAUCACUAACGACAGCGCCGUGCUGUCCCUGUUCCAGUCCAUUAACAACAUGCACCCGCAGCUUCUGGAGCUCCUCAACCAGCUCGACGAGAAGAGACUGUACUACGAAGGGCUGCAGGAUAAGCUGGCGCAGGUUCGGGACGCGCGGGCCGCUCUGAACGCUCUGAGGGACGAGCACCGUGAGAAACUGCGCCGAGCCGCUGAGGAGGCCGAGAGACAGCGCCAGAUCCAGCUCGCCCAGAAACUUGAGAUCAUGAGGCAGAAGAAACAGGAGUAUCUGGAGAUGCAGAGACAGCUGGCGAUCCAGCGUCUGCAGGAGCAGGAGAAGGAGCGGCAGCUGCGUCUGGAGCAGCAGAAACACACCAUCCAGAUGCGUGCUCAGAUGCCCGCCUUUUCCCUGCCUUAUGCCCAGCUGCAGUCACUGCCACCUAACGUGGCAGGAGGGGUAGUGUAUCCACCCACUGGUCCCCCCAGUUAUCCCGGCACGUUCAGCCCUGCUGGCUCAGUAGAGGGCUCUCCCAUGCAUGGGGUCUACAUGAACCAACCCGGGCAGUCUGCUGGAGGACCCUACCAAGCCAUGCCAGUGUCUGCCACAGAUCCCAACAUGGUGAACGCCUACAUGUAUCAGACCGCAGGUACCGGUGGGCAGCCUGCUGCCCCUGGUCAGGCUCCACCUCCAAACACCAGUCCUCCAUACACUAACUACCAGCCCACUCCGACACAGGGCUACCAGAACGUGGCGUCUCAAGCCCAGAGUUUGCCCCCGAUGUCCCAGGCUGCCCCAACUAACGGCAUGGCCUACAUGGGCUACCAGCCAUAUAGCAUGCAGAACAUGAUCUCGGCGCUGCCUGGACAGGAUCCCAACAUUCCCGCUCAGCAGCAGUACAUGCCUGGCCAACAACCCAUGUACCAACAGAUGGUGCCUCCUGGUGGUCCUCAGCAGCAGGCACAGCAGCCCCCUGCAGGCAGCGCAGAGGCUCAGCUCAUCUCCUUCGACUAAAACUCCAUACUCUCGCCUGAUCCACCACACUACACUCAACCCUCUGCGCUGUUCCUCCUGUAACCCAAACACCGUCUGUCCACAUGCAACAUUUCUGUGACCAUCUAUUGAUGAAAUGCGUCCUGGUUAUCAGAAAUGGCUUUUUUUUUUUUUUUGCUGCUGGUAUGAACUAACGUGUCUCUCUCUCUCUCUCUCUCUCUCUCUCUGGUUCCAAAAUCCUCCGACGCCUCUCUUGACCUGUACGUAGUGUUUCCUUAUGAAACACCUCUUAGCUAGUCAUUCGUAUCCUUGAUUUAUUAACAGAAUAUGUAUUUAAAAAAGUGACUAAGAUGUGACCAUCUCAUAUUUUUCUAAAGUCAACCUGCAUGUGUUUAGUCGUUCUUUACGGCGUCUUCUCCGCCCUGAGCAGCGUGAACGUGUUUUACUUCCAAAUGGCUUUAAAAAGUUAUCCAGCGAUUUGGAGAACAAGCGCCUGGUCUGAGAUCAUGUCCAAGAACUUGGCUGAUCAGAUAUCUCACUCCGUUGCUUGUUAUGAGUAUGGUGUCUCCGAGUGCUGCUUCUCGGCUCUCUCACAGGCACUGGGUCACAAAUCCAGACAUUCCAGAGCAGCGUUCAUUACAGGAAUCCUGUUGUAGGAGUCAAUGGGGUGGGGUGUGUGGGGUUUUUUUUUUUUUCAAUAAAGUCUUGCCAGAUUAAACAACAGGCUUCGGGACUCGACUGAUUUCACAAUAAAAAGAAAAUCAGGAUGUCGGUGUUGAAACUAUUUUUGGCGCCUCUGUAGAGAGCAACGUGAGCAUUAAAGCAGGCAGGAUCGUGUUGUGAUUUUUCAGAUGAAGGAUCGAGUGUUCGAACAUCGCUUUAAAAAUGGACUUGUUCUGCAUGUUUAACAUCCAUCGACCAGUGAGCAGUUCUGUAACCCUUUAAUGCCGUCUGUGGACAGCUUCGUUCCAUCAUACUGAGCUGUAUGACUCUGGGAAAGAGUUUUAAGAUUAUAUUUAAUAAAUAUCUCAUUCUUUUAUUGUGCA